AGGGUCUCAGGCAGAUUCUCAAAGUCACAUCUUCCAGCAGGAGAACCAUGGAGGAGCUCCAGAGGAAACUAGACAAGCGGUAUGACAGCGAUCAGCUGUAUGACAGCAAACCCAGAAAGGUGAGGUUCAAGCUGGCCUCGUCGGUCAGCGGCAGGGUGCUGAAGCAUGUGUACGAGGAUGGCCAGGAGCUGGACAGCCCAGAGGAGAAAUACCCCCACAGCUUCCACAGCCACAAGAUGCCCAGACACCUGGAGAUGGAGCAGCUCUGUGGCUUCCAGGACAUGCAGGACCAGAGUCUGUACCCCCCUACCGGACUGAUGGCCCAGAGGAUCAACGUCUACAGGGGGGGGGCUAACUACAGACCCUCUGCCCACAGCGAUACACCGGAGGGAGUCCCCAAUUCUUCAGUUUUGGACUUCGGAAAGAUAAUAAUCUACACCAGCAAUCUGCGGAUCAUCCGGGCCCCUCGGAGGGAAGAAGGGACGGGGCGACAUCCUCAGACCCCGGGGGGAGUGGACGAGUACUCACAGGGGCGUAACAGAGGGGGCAAGAGGAGGCCCAAAGCACUCUGUGCUCACGGGGAGGAGCAGAGCACACAUCCACAGGACGGGCAGGAUGCAGUGUCUGGCUGCCAGCAUUGUGGAGGUUCGGGCUGUGCCCCAUGCUCUCUAUGCCAUGGCAGCAAGCUGUCCAUGCUGGCCAACCGCUUCAAUGAGUCUAUCAGUGUGCUGCGAUGCCAGGCCUGCUACCCUGAUGGACUGGAGAGGUGCCAGUCCUGUUCCAAAUAACACCAACCACUGGCUGUGUGUGUGCCCAUUGUCUCUACUGAUGUAAUAGCACUGUAAUAUAAAAUGGUUAUGAUGGUUAUGGGAGCACUGCAUAUGUUUUGUAAGGAAUCAGAAUCCAAUUGUUGGAAGGGAAGGAGGCUACCAUACGUGCAGCUGGCGGAACCAUAGAGAACAAAGACACAUGAUAAGACAACAAAAUCACCCUAUUGGUGGUAGGUUGUGCAUCUGAGUCUCUGCAAAGAUAACAUGAACUUCCAACUGGUUUCAUGAUGACUUAUCAUUUUAAUUAAAAUAAUGUCAAACCAUUGCAUUUUAACCACAAGGGAAGCUGUCCUAUCAUCCGCUUUUAUCUCCCAUGUUAGGCCUAUAUAUAAGGCUAAUUGAUGCUUUCAUUUGGAGAGAGGGGAAGACUUUUCAAUAAAUUAUGGAGAGGCUUUUGGGCAGCUCUGGAGGUAGAAAGAAAUGAAUUAGUGUUUUAUCUUCCUAAUGCUGAGGUAAUUGCUUCCAGAGUUGUCUUGGUGAGAAUGAAUAAAAUGUACACAUGCCUUAUUUUCAUUGGUUCUUCUUAUUAGUCAAUGAAGGAAUCUACUUAUACUCAUAGAAACAGAAUUAAUAGAAUGGGUGUCCAUUCAAAUUGCCAGGGUUAGAGGUUCCAAGCCCGUUCUAUUCAUUCUAUUUCUAUGCUUAUACCCCCAAAUAUCUGUUUUUACUAGUAGAAAAUGGAGAUACAUGAUGAGUGAUUCAGCAAAUAUCCCUGAGAUAAGUUAGCAGAUAUACAGUUGUUGCUGUGGCUUUCUUUUUGGCUUUAUCUCAGCUGAACAC